AUGGAGGAGAUGAAGGACAAGGGCGUCUGCAACGUCCAAAAGGGAUCGGAGAGGAAGAGAGAGGAAGAGAGAAAAGAAGGAAGAGACGAAAACGAAAACGCACUCGAGGAGGAGUGUAGGAAAGCAAGGGAUUUGUUACCUUAG